CCGCCAUUAAAACCCAGAAGAAGAAGAACCGGUUUGUUGCACUGGGAGCAUCGAGUCAGUCUGCGAUGUGUUUAACAACACCAGGUCGCUGUCACAGGUCGGUAAACGCUUGAUAAGCUGUAUAAACCAGCAGGGUAAGUGUUCGCAUCCAUGGCCAAACAUGCGGUGCUAUCAUCGGGGACACACGUGUGGAGAUGUCUGACCUGCGCGAAGUCCGAGCUGCGUCUGGGGCUCACUCUUGCCUGUGGACAAUCUUUCCGAUGGAGAGAAACCGCACAAGGCCACUGGACAGGGGUGAUGGGAGGACGAGUGUGGACUCUGACCCAGACAGAUGACACCCUGUGGUACCACGUUUAUAAAAACCAAGGAGGGCAGAGGAGGGGACCGGCUGGGAUUUCCUCCCCAGGAGAAAGUAAGUCAGAGAGGAGAUCGAAAGGAGCUGUGAAGGAGGAAGAGGGCGUGAGUGUAGUGAAGGACACUGAGGAGGAAGAGCAGAUGCUGAGAGAUUACCUCCAGCUGAGUGUGAAGCUGGCGAAGCUGUACACAGACUGGAGGGCAGCAGACCCCCACUUCAAGCAAAUCGCAGACAUUUUCACAGUUUGGUCUCGCUCAGGUGUGAGGAUGCUGCGCCAGGACCCCACUGAAUGCUUGUUUUCCUUCAUCUGCACCUCCAACAACCACAUCUCCCGAAUCCAGGGCAUGGUGGACAGACUGUGUCAGGCUCUGGGUGCUCCACUGUGUCAGCUGGACCAAACCUCUUACUAUGACUUUCCUUCCCUGACUGCGCUUGCAGACAGCAGCGUGGAGGCGUGUCUCAGGGAUCUCGGUUUUGGAUACAGGGCUCGGUUCCUGCAGCAGAGUGCCGAGCAGAUUCUGGACAGGCAUGGGCUCCAGUGGCUGGAAGGUCUACGCAGUAUCCCGUAUCUGCAGGCCCGUGAUGCCCUGCGUACUCUUCCUGGUGUGGGCACUAAGGUGGCGGACUGUGUUUGUCUGAUGUCCCUUGACAAGGCAGAGGCUGUGCCUGUUGACACACACAUAUGGCAGAUCGCUAAGCGUGACUACAAUUAUGCUUCUGGCAACGGACAGAAGAGUAUCACAGAUAAACUUCACAGAGACAUUGGGGAUUUUUUCAGAAAACUGUGGGGUCCUUACGCUGGUUGGGCACAGUCGGUGCUGUUCUGUGCUGACCUGAAGAAGUUCCAAAAACUGAAAGAAAUGCCACUGAUGCAGCCAAAGAAGGAGGAAGAGGAGGAAGAAGAAAUUGGGAUAGCAUGCAAGAAAGGAAAGAUUAAGACGGAAGAAAAUGUUGCGGUGAAGCGUGCGAAAACCAAGUCAGCGUGUCAUAAGAAGGCAAAGAUGUCGGUCAAGAAGGAGAGAGUGGUGUGAGGUAAACAAGCUUCUUGUAUCAGGAUUACAUUGCAUUACAUUACAUGUCAUUUAGCUGACGCUUUUAUCCAAAGCCAAUUAGUGCAUUCAACAUCUAUGAGGGGCCAUUCAGGGUUCAUUAUCUUGCCCAAGGACACUUCGCAUUGGGCUGGGGGAGAGUCGCCGUCCAUCUGUUUGGAGGACAACCGCUCUACCCCCUCAUCCACAGCCGAUCUACACCAUAUUGCAAAAAACACACACGGUUAUUUCAGAUUAAUUAAAAACCCGACAAAAAAUAAUUAACAGGAGAUUUUUCUGACAGGAACAUAAUAUGUAAUUGAUAUUCUAAUGUUUUUGUACUGUUUAUAUUUAACUGUAACCUGUCCUAUGUCUACCUCCCCAUAAGUACACUGUUACAACUGCACCACACAGGGUUGUUUUUACAAUAAAACAUUUGAACUACUUUCUAUUUUAAAAGAAAAUGUCCAUAUUAGCACAGUCAUCAAUCCAGAUAGAAUCUUCAACUCCAGUAAAACCAUUUCUGCUAAAUGUUGCCAGAAGUGGUCACUAGAUGGCAGCAUGCUUUGGAAGAUAUCCCCUGAGGGAUAAUGUCACAUAAUGGGCCAUUUGCUUUAGCCUAUUUUCUUUCUUUCUUUUUUUUUUUGUUGAAGAAAUUGCACUGGAUGAAUAUUUUUAGUUCAGACCUCAGGCUCUUGUUACACCAUGUACACACACACACACACACAUGCCGUGGCAUUUGUGUGCAUGUCUGAAAAGGUCAUAGGACAAACAUGGUGCUUCUUCUGUGAGUUUCCUGCAUUAAAAUAGUGUAUCUGUCUGUUGGAUCAUAAUAACGCUGUGUGGGUGGGUGGGUGGCUGUGGAGUGCCACAGUGACCGUAUGUUUAUCUAUAGGCAGUAGUUGACUGUGUCAGCGGAUCUUUUUAUAGCAAGGACUGCAGUUAACUGUUGUCACUGCUGGGAUGUUAGUGUGACUCUUUCUGUUGACAACAUGGACAUGUCUCGUGUCCCUUUUGACUCAUUAAUGUCCCUUUACAGUCAUAUUUUAAUUAGUCUAAAAUAUAUGGAUUACUUUAUCCUCCAAUGUCUUCAAAUCUCUCUGUGCUAAUUUGAUUUGAUAUUUUCUGAUGUAUAGUCUGGAGUGAGCAGGUGCAUCAUGCAUGUAGCUGCAUCUGUGUCAGAAUGUGCACGUCUCACACGCAUACAAAUGUUUGUAUUUGUGGAAGAGUGUGCAGCCAUGUGAGUUAAUGACUGAGUCAGCUUUCAUCCCCACUCCAUUUGAGCUGGACAAAAGCUGGGGCCCUGCUUUAAGGCAGCGUCACACUGAGGAAGACAAAACAUAGAUGAUAAGAAAAGUCAUAAAAACAGUCGGGAGAACAGGAAAUGAAUUUGAAUUAAAGGGAAAGAGUAGAAAAGGUGAAAGUGUGCUUGAGGUGGUGACAUGCAUUGUAAAGAGAAAGCCACGUGUGCACGCACAUUGACACACGCAGACAAAAACAACAUCAUCACAGUGGCCUGUGCAUUAUGUAAGAGGUGGGUCACUGUGUGUGUUAUGCCUGCAGGAAUUGUUCAGUUGAGAGUAGAUCUCUUAACUCAGUGUUCCGUCCUUCUCUAAUAAGAGGCUCUACUGCAGGCACCAGGGGGCGCACGCUUGGAACAUGAGCAAAAGAGAAAGUAGACUGCAUUGUGUAUUUUAGAUGUGUGGCAUUUGUUUGGAUUUGGCCUUUGGAUGACAUGUGAGACGUGUCUUUGAGGUGGUUGAGUCUGAGAGAGGUGGGAACCUCUGUUGCGUUCAUUGAUUAAAUAACCACAUGGACGAAGUAUGAUGGAAGUACCUGUUUUCACUGAUGUUUAUUAGAUGGGCGUAAUUCAAGGUAUUUCAUCACACUGGUGCAGAAAUGUAAAAAUCCAAUACACUCAGUAGUCAGUUUAUUAGGAACCCCUGCUGUCUAAUCAUAGUCCUGCAACAAAUCCAAUUUAUGAAGGUUUCAAUGUUCCGUUCUUGUUGAAAAUGUUUGAAAAGAUGUUAUUUAAACUUUAUGAUAGUUUUUGGAGGAUGUAGAUUGAAGUGCAGUUGAACUGAGAUGUGUUAUUUUACAGUUCAUAUCAAUGAGGCUGAGCUAAACAACACACUGUGUGUAUGUCAUACUGUAGGUCAACAGCAACACAAACUGCAGCCUCUAUAACGAUCACACACCUGAAUCCACAGCUCUUUAACACAGUUUCAAAAAGUAGUGAACAUUUUAACUUUCAUUAAAGAAACGUAUCGAUGGACUGCGGUCAUUUUAAUCAAGGUGUUCCUAAUAAACUGAAAACUGAGGUAUAGCCUUAAAGCAGCCCUACAACAAUGCCCAUAAUAACCAGCUUGAGAAAACAGAGCAAUAGCUGCUAAAGUAUAAAUGAUACAGAUUGUGAUAAUUGGUAGUGAUUUUAUGUAUAUGGCCAGUGCAAGUCUAGUAGAUACUGUACGGAAUGUUGUCUUACUGUCAAUACAGUUAAUGUAUUUAUACUAACAGUUCUGUAUAUAAUGGGAAUAUAUGGACAGGAAUUUGAUAUACAUUAAUUUAUCAAUAGUAAUUUAAGACAUAAUAAAACAUAAUUCAGUUAUGUCUACAUCAAUAGUGUAAAUCAAUGAUGGUUAAUAAUAAUGUAUUUUGUCACAGCAUAAUGUUUCGCUCAAAGCUGAAAAAAAUGUUUGCAAAGGAAUAAAGUUUAUAAGAAUAUAAUUAUUAUAAAAUAGUAAUAAUUGCUAUUGGCAUUGAUUUAUUCAAAGGAAACUGAUUCAUUUUGAAUGUCCGUACUUCGUCUCUGUUGUCCAAAGAUGGUCUCUGUGCAGGUUCACAGUUUGUCUGCUUCUUAAAGUGAUGGAUGUUAUCAUUCCUGAACAGUAACAGAUGUAUUAUAUAACAGUAUCUGAUACAAUACCUAAAAUGGAUCAUAUUUGGAGCGAGUUGUGUUGAUUCACCUUAGAUGUGGUGAAACCCUAAGCUGCCGGGGACAUUCGAGGGGGAGCCUGACGGACUGGGGGGGGGCAGUCCCCACAUCAGAGUCAGUUUUUUUGGGGCCCGUAGUAGGGGAGAAUAUUCUUUGGUGUCUAGACAACCAGGGUGAAGGGAAAGCCACACACACAGAGAGAGAGAGAGCGUGAGUGCAGAGCUGGCAGAGGUACUUUAGACCCUGAGCUUUUCUGAAUCAUGUAUGUGCAGAUGGAUUUGAGCAUCUUUACUGUUCUUAGUUAAAGAGCUUUAUUUUGUGGUGAAAUGUGAUACUUUCUUCCAUCUGAUAGGAUCUCUGCUUAGCUGACUGUGAUUACGGCUCAGUGCCGUAUAGAUUGGGUGGAAGAAACUGUUCCGUCUGCUCUGGUAUUAAAUUUCACGGCCCCCCAACCACGAUCAAUUCAAAUGACUUAAGUGGAAUGUAUUCUACGCAUUCCUGGACAAAGAUGGUAUAGAAACACUAUCCACAGUGUGUGGGAGAGCAUAUAUUCCAUGUGAGGUUUUUUUUCGUGUGCGUCAGUGUCAGUGCAGUGAACUCUUUCCUUUUUAAGAAUCUGUUCAUUUAGGAAGCUUGAAAUAAGCCCCCCUCUCACUUUAUUUAAAGCCCACUAAAAAUUACCCAUAUGAAUCCAGAGCUGUCAGUCAAUGGUGAUUUACAUGUAAGUCACAGGGUUGACCUGCUUUGAUUUAAGUGGGACAGUAACUAAGUACAUUUACUCAUGUAACAUAGUUAAAUGCCAACUAUGAGGUACUUGUAGUUUACUGAGGUAUUUCUAUUUAAACUCUAUACUUCUUCACCACAUUUUAGAGGUACUUUUACACUGUAUUAAA